AUGACGAUGGAUAUGAAUACCUCACCAGUCAAAUCUCUGGCGAUGGCUGGCCUUAGCCUCGCCCAAGGUGCAUCGACAGCGAGUGACUCCAGCCCCGAACCAUCUACCGCGUCUUUUAUGAAUGGAAGAGGACGAACGUUGACAGAGCUUCUCGACGAACAAGCCCAGCAGCCAAUAUCUAGAAUGGGUGAUCCUUGGGAGGCAGGCGUCAACCAGGCCGAAAAAUACGACAACGAGUUUUGCAAAGGGUGGAAGGAGGAUAUCGAUACUCUCUUGGUCUUCGCCGGUCUUUUUUCUGCCGCAGUGACGGCAUUCACAGUAGAAUCCUACCAAUGGCUCCAGCCAAACUCUUCCGACAUAUCUGCUCAGCUUCUCCUGCAGAUAUCCCGGCAACUUUCCGAUCCCAAUACAACAACAGUCCAAGCGAACGGCGCCGAUGACUUUUCACCCUCCCAUACUUCGAGGCGGAUCAAUGUUUUCUGGUUUCUCAGUCUCACGUUGAGCCUGAUGACAGUGGUCAUUGGCAUAUUGUGCAAACAGUGGCUGCGGGAAUACCAAAAGGAUCCCUCGUUACCGUAUCGAGAGUCCCUUGCCCUGCGACAAUUGCGAUAUGAGAGUUUCGAAGCUUGGAGGGUGCAUGAUAUCCUUGCCACGCUGCCGCUCCUUCUUCAGGUUGCUCUUGUCCUUUUCUUGACGGGCAUCAUGGAUUUGUUAUGGAGCUUGGACAACGUGGUUGCAGCGAUCGUAACUUUGUUCAUCGUUCUUGGCUUCCUCAUGGUAGUAGCCACAACGGUUCUUCCUUGCCUUGUACAUUUGCACAGUGGCGGCCGCCUACCUUGUGCUUAUCGAUCACCCCAGUCCUGGGCCUUUUUACAAGCAACCUUCUUUCUUCUCCGUGGUUUCAAGAAGCAGUAUGUUCGAGGCGACUGGUUUUCCAUAGAGACGCGUGACUUCCAGAAUUCCUUUGACCGCUUCGCCGCUCGUGGCGUCAGCUGGCUGGACGAAAAGUUUUCGCAGAAUUUGACCAUGGUUAGGCAGCUGUUUCAUUGCAUUUCGGAUCUAGGGUGGAAUAAUUUUCGUGCACUCGAAUGUGUUCCUGAGGUUCCCAUCCAGAAAGUCUCUAUGGAUGCGGCGCUGUUCAAUUAUCUGGCUAAACACCAUCAGAAUCUUGACAAUGAAGCACGACUUCACGCACUGGAACUGUUAUUUCGAACUAUCAGUGUUCGGGAUCCAGCGGCGCCAGCCCGCGACGUGAUAAAAUGGGAUCUCUUCCCUGAAGGCGUCAAGAUACUUUGUAUGUCUUCGGCAUGCUCUCUUUUCAAACCUUCAGUGCUUCUUCCCCAUCACAUCUUAAUCUCUCGUCUCGACCCUUUGCUCCAGUUGUUUCUGUUUUGUGCCUCCGGCAACCCUAGCCCUGUGAUACCGAUCCGGUGGCAUGCACUCCGGCUCAUCCGCGCCAUCGAGACGUGGACACGCACUUUACGACGGGACGAAGUUAUACGUUGCAUCUCUGAAGGGGUGUUGCUGAAUAUCAGGCGAAAUCCCAAAAGGCGGAUGCUUCACAUAUCAAACGACGAUGAGAUGCUUAGCGCGCUUUUGUCCUUCAUACAGACGCUAGACACCAUCUACAGUGGUGUGCCCGAUGAUGGUCGUAUGAGCCUCGAUCCGGUAGACUUUCGGAAAUGGAAGGUUCUGGUUAGCCAGGCUGCCGAGCAGGCUGGCAAUGUUGAGGCUAGAAGGAAGCAGAUGAGGGCCAAUUGGCGUAGGAUGUUUGACAGGAUCAUUAGCGAUAUUCGUGUGAGUAAGGAACAAGAAAAGUCUGAGCAACGAACUAGAGGGGGCAAACGUCGGCAGUUUUCUUUGAUGGUGAACAACCUUUUGCAUCCCAGGUAG